AUGCAGAAGGGAAUACGACUUAAUGAUGGUCAUGUCAGCUACCUGGGGCUUUUGGCGAAAAAGGAUGGCACAAGACGAGGGUGCUUGAGCAAAAAGAGCUCAGACAACACGAAAUGGCACACAAAGUGGUUUGCUUUGUUACAAAAUAUGCUCUUUUAUUUUGAGAACGAGUCCAGCUCCCGACCCUCUGGAUUAUACCUGUUGGAGGGAUGCAUAUGCGACAGGGCGCCUUCACCGAAACCUUCACAGUCAGCCAAGGAGUGUUUGGAAAAGCAGUACUAUUUCACCGUCAGCUUCACCCAUGAAAAUCAAAAGGCGCUCGAGUUACGCACGCAAGAUGUAAAGGAGAGCGAUGAAUGGGUGGCUGCAAUAUCACACGCCAGUUACAGAAACUUGGCCAACGAGCAUGAGACUCUCAUGCAGAAGUAUCUUCAUCUGCUUCAGAUUGUGGAGACGGAGAAAACAGUUGCUAAGCAACUUCGACAACAGAUAGAAGAUGGGGAAAUAGAAAUUGAAAGGCUUAAGUCAGAGAUCUCUCGGCUGCUCAAAGACAAUGAGAAGAUUCACGCGAGCCCUGCAGCCGCCCCAACUGAUGACGACUCAGAAAUCAAGAAAAUCAAAAAAGUUCAGAGCUUCCUGCGAGGCUGGAUCUGCAGGAGGAAGUGGAAGACAAUCAUCCAGGAUUAUGUCCGCUCACCGCAUGCAGAGAGCAUGAGGAAGAGGAACCAGGUGGUGUUCAGCAUGUUGGACUCGGAGGCCGAGUACGUCCAGCAGCUUCACAUCCUGGUGAACAACUUCCUGAGGCCGCUCCGCAUGGCAGCCAGCUCCAAGAAACCGCCCAUCACCCACGAUGAUGUCAGCAGCAUAUUCCUCAACAGUGAAACUAUUAUGUUUCUACAUCAGAUAUUUUACCAGGGUCUAAAAGCCAGAAUAGCGAGCUGGCCAACAUUAGUGCUGGCCGACCUGUUUGACAUCCUGCUGCCCAUGCUGAACAUCUACCAGGAGUUUGUGAGGAACCACCAGUACAGCCUGCAGAUCCUGGCUCACUGCAAGCAGAACCGAGACUUUGACAAGCUGCUGAAGCAGUACGAGGCCAAGCCCGACUGUGAGGAGAGGACUCUGGAGACCUUCCUCACCUACCCCAUGUUCCGGAUUCCCCGCUACAUUCUUACACUCCACGAACUUCUGGCCCACACACCCCAUGAACAUGUAGAGAGAACCAGUCUGGACUACGCCAAAUCUAAGCUAGAGGAGCUUUCCAGAAUCAUGCACGACGAAGUGAGUGAGACCGAGAACAUCAGGAAGAACCUGGCAAUAGAGCGCAUGAUUGUAGAGGGCUGCGAGAUUCUCCUCGACACCAGCCAGACGUUUGUGAGACAAGGGUCUCUCAUCCAGGUGCCGAUGAGCGAGAAGGGCAAGAUCACCCGCGGGCGACUGGGCUCUCUGUCCCUAAAAAAGGAGGGGGAGAGGCAGUGCUUUCUCUUCUCCAAGCAUUUAAUCAUCUGCAAUCGGGGUUCUGGGGGAAAGCUUCAUCUCACCAAGAAUGGAGUAGUCUCGCUUAUAGACUGCACUCUAUUGGAGGACCCUGAGGUAACAGAUGAUGAAGCCAAGUCAGACAAGAUUGGCCAGGACAUGGAGCAGCACCUGGACUUCAAGAUUGUCGUGGAGCCAAAGGACAGCCAGUCAUUCACAGUCAUCCUGGUGGCCUCCUCGAGGCAGGAGAAGUCUGCAUGGACCAGUGACAUCAGCCAGUGCAUAGACAACAUCCGCUGCAAUGGGCUGAUGAUGAACGCCUUCGAAGACAACUCCAAAGUCACAGUGCCACAGAUGAUCAAGUCAGAUUCAAGUCUGUACUGCGAUGACGUAGACAUCCGCUUCAGUAAGAUGAUGAACUCCUGCAAGGUGCUGCAGAUCCGCUACGCCAGCGUUGAGCGCCUGCUGGAGAGACUGACUGACCUCCGUUUCCUCUCCAUCGACUUCCUCAACACCUUCCUGCACUCCUAUCGCGUGUUCACCACAGCUGAUGUGGUGCUCGACAAACUCAUCACCAUCUACAAGAAGCCGAUCAGUGCCAUCCCUGCUCGGUCCCUGGAGUUAUUCUUUGCCAGCAGUCAGAACAGUAAACUAUUGUAUGGAGAGCCUCCCAGCUCCCCCAGAGCCACCAGGAAGUUCUCCUCCCCACCUCCUCUCACUAUUGCCAAGAAUUUAUCCCCAAAUCGCCGGCGGAAGCUCUCCCUCAACAUCCCCAUCAUCACUGGGGGCAAAGCUCUUGACCUGGCUGCCCUCAGCUGCUCCUCCAAUGGCUAUGCAAGCGUGUACUCAUCCAUCUCCCCAUUCAGCAAGACCAGCUUGGACAUCAACAAACUGUACGUGUCCAGUUCCGUCUCUAGCAAAAUCCCUGAUGAGGGAGAGGACAAGAAGGACAAGGUGGAGGAUACAUCAGUGAGCAAACAAGGUAGGUCAGCAAGAGUCAAUUAUCACCAAAAAAGUGGCAAUGAUCCAAACCAGAGUCAUGAAGGGGAUCUAGAAGCCUCUCCCAGCAAAUCACCAACGACCCCAAAAAACAUCAAAUGCAAAAACUCCUCAGAGUUCUCACUGUUUUCCUACAACAAUGGCAUGGUGAUGUCCUCAUGUCGAGAGCUGGAUAACAACCGCAGUGUCGUGUCCGCUGCCUCCGCCUUUGCUAUUGCUACAGCUGGAGCCAAUGAGGGCACACCUACCAAGGAAAAAUAUCGCCGGAUGUCCCUCGCCAGUACUGGCUUCCCAACCGAUCAGAGAAAUGGAGACAAAGAGUUUGUGAUCAGACGAGCAGCGACGAACCGAGUCCUGAAUGUCCUGAGGCACUGGGUGUCCAAACACUCUCCGGACUUUGAGAGCAACAAUGAGCUGAAGACUAAAGCUAUUGCCUUCCUGGAGGAAGUGAUGCAUGACCCUGAGCUGUUGACCCUGGAGAGGAAAGUAGCAGCCAACAUCAUUAGGACUCUAACUCAGGAAGACCACAGUGACAAUCAGAUAACCCUUGAAGACGUGACAAAACUGAUGGGUGAAGGGAAGGCGGAGCACUUUGAGAGUCAGUCUGCAUUGGAGAUCGCAGAGCAGCUCACUCUGCUGGACCACCUGGUGUUUAAGGUCAUCCCAUAUGAGGAAUUCUUUGGACAAGGCUGGAUGAAGAAUGACAAAAAUGAGAAGACGCCAUACAUCAUGAGAACAACAAAGCAUUUCAAUGAUAUAAGCAACCUGAUUGCUACAGAGAUCCUGCGCUGCGAUGACGUGGUCACUCGACUGUUGGUCAUAGAAAAGUGGGUGGCUGUAGCAGACAUCUGCCGCUGUUUCCACAACUACAACGCCGUGCUCGAGAUCACCUCCUCCCUCAACCGCAGCUCUGUCUUCCGUCUCAAGAAGACCUGGCUCAAGGCUUCCAAGCAGACAAAAGCAUUGAUUGACAAGCUGCAGAAGCUGGUCUCAUCAGAGGGGAGGUUCAAAAACCUGAGAGAGGCGUUGAAGAACUGUGAUCCUCCCUGUGUGCCCUAUCUGGGGAUGUACCUCACGGACCUGGCUUUCAUUGAGGAGGGAACGCCAAACUACACAGAAGACAACUUGGUCAACUUCUCAAAGAUGAGAAUGAUUUCUCACAUCAUCAGAGAAAUCAGGCAGUUUCAGCAAACAGCAUACAAGAUUGACCUGCAACCAAAGGUAGCCCAGUACCUACUGGAUAAUAGCUUUGUUCUGGAUGAAGAAAGCAUGUACGAAGCCUCUCUCAGAAUUGAGCCGAAAGUGCCCAACUGAUGGGGAAGUUGGUCCACGACAUUAUUUCCUCUGUUAAUAUUACACAUCAGUUAACAAACUCAUCAACAUUUGUAUAGUUGUACAUGUUUAAUAUAUUUGCUCUUCUGUACAGUAGAUGUUUAAGUUUGUUUGACGACACAAAACCUUUCAGUGUAUAUUUUUAGUUUGUUAAUGUUGCCAUGAUGCCAACUGCUUUGAGGUUUAUUUUUAUUUUUAUUUUGGGUAUUUCAAGCAUAAUAACAGAGGUCCCUUUGCCUGCACAUAACUGUGUUUUCUUAGUGACUAAUGACAUUAUUUUGCAUCAUCUCGUACCUUAUUAACUGCGCUUAUUGAGCACUCGUGCUGCUGACCGUUGUUCUCUUGGCCUGAAUUUCAUCAAUGACUGAGUUUCUCUGCAACCAAUGUAGCAUUGUGAUAAUUUAACUGUGUCUAAUCAGGUAAAAUAUUACAGAGAAAAUAAAUGGAUUUAAAGAUAUGUAACAAUGAUCAAUGGAGAUUGGAUCAUUAAACCUGAAGCAUAAAUGUCUCUAUGCUUCUCAAAAACAGGAUUUAGAUUUUAAUUGAUGCUCACUAAUCGAAAGUCAGAGGUUCCCUACAGUUUAUUUUGCCCUGCAAACCAUUUAUUUUUAGAUAGAUAGAUAGAUAUAUACUUUAUUAAUCCCCAUGGGGAAAUUUGUCAUUACAAAUAGUAUCAUUGUGAACCAGCUUUGAGACAAAUGCUAACAUGCUUAUGUUCAUCAUCUUUGUUUAGUGUGAUAGCAUGCUAACAUGGGCUAAUUAGUAGCCUACUAAAAACAAAGUAGCGACAUCUGAGGCUGAUGGGAAUGUUUUAAGAUGUGUCAUUUAGUAUUGGACCAAUUAAGAUGUUUACCUGAUGAUGGCUCGAGAUGAAAAGUCCGGGCAUCACCAACAGGAUUAUAAUUCAGUGAGUGGGACAUGAGUCUGUCCCACUUUCCAUGGCACUCCGUCAAAUAGUCGUUAAGACUUUUCACUAGAAAACACAAACGUGUGAACCUCAUGGUGGCGCUAGAGGAACAGGUCAAGGGAUUACUGAAGGUAUAUCCUCUGGAAAUUGUGGAUAUUUUUACUUGGGCUGUCCCUAUCCAAAGAAAUUUGUAUGAUUUUGUUGACAAAUUAAAUAGGUGAUUUAAUCUUUAAAAAACGACUAAUUGACCAAAGAAAUCGUAGUUAACUAAAACUAAAACGCUUGUUUAGUCGACUAAUCCACCAAAAGGGGGCAGCCCUAAUUUUUACAAAAUGUCAAUUGAUAUCCAAUAGUUGUCAUGCUGCUAUCACAGAAUAGAAAUGUAUUUAUUACUGGUGAAAACGGGAAUGAGUAAUGCAGAACAGGCAUUCUUUUCUAAAUAUGAAGACAUUUUUACAGUUUCUUCGCUUCCCAAAUUUUCUGAGGGCCGAUUACAGUCCACAGGGAACCUCUGCUCUAAAACACUUCCUCCAUGACCUGAAAUCAAAAAUAACGAGAAAAAAAUAUAUAUAUUUGUAUUUGUUGUAAAGCAAUACACUCUUACGCUAAAUCUCUUGUCACACAUUGCAUUAUAUUAUCUAAUCCGUGAUAAGGAGACAAUGAAUAUCUUUAAAUUGCUAUGAUUUACAGUUAAGCAUUAGACAUCUGAAUUUACCGUUACACUCAAAAAAUACCAAUGCAGUACAGUGAGUUGUUCAAAUUUCAUGUUUCUUGGAUUUUAGUUUCACUCAUAAAAGAAAGUUAACAUGCUUUGGAAAGUGUUGUAUCUUCAGGUUUGGCGAUGAUUCUGUAGAGUAAAAGGUUUUGCUCCUCUGUCAUUAAAAGACAAUCUGUCCUUUAUGGUGUUCCAGUGAUUGUGGAACGUGACUGUAUAUCACUCUGUUAUAUGCAUUGCUGUUUAAACUUAUUAUAAAAACUUAUGUGAAUGACCUCUGCCUGCAGCAUUCAAACACUAUUUUUGGAGUAGUAUAAGAGAGAGUGACCUGCUCUUUAUAUGAACAUGGGAAAGUAUUUUGGACUUUGUUGUUAAUUCACCUGACUGAGAUGUGCUGUACAUUUUGUACAUGAAACCCUGCAUAUUUCUCAAUGUGGAACAGUGUAAUCCUUUCAACAAAAUAAAAGUUGUAUCUCAAGCUUGAACACAAAACGCUGCAACAUUGUGGUCCUGAAACCAUGAUUUAGAGGUAGGAGACAACUUUAAAGUGUUUUGCAUUAAUACUGUAAUCCUGUCUAUAACCAUUUCUGUUAGCAGGAAUAUAGUAACGUAGUGCUUAUUCUGUGAAUAUUUGUAUGUAUUUUUCUAUGUAUGUACAGUCCACUUUUGAAGCUCAUGUGGCAGGCAUGCAACACCUUCACAGACAGAAUAAUACUAUAUACUUAUGCUGUAUACACUAAUACACGCACAUACUCUUAUAAAGGUAUAUCAACAAAUACACAUUUUGCUGUUAGCAAUACCCAGUGGUAUGAAAAUUAUCUUUCAACCCCUCAUGUUUCCACACCUUAAGAAAUAUUACAAGUUUUGUAAGAAAAAAAAGAAAAAACCACAAAAGGUAAUUUAUGAUGAUGAGGAGGAGGAGGAGGAGGAGGAGGAAGAAGAGGAUGAUGAUGAUGAUGACAAAUAAACAAGAAUAUGUUCAUAUGUUCCGAGUAACCUCUUGCUAAUAAAUCCAUUUGAUAUCAGGGGCA